GCCCUUAGCAACAGCGUCGCAUGUGAUACUUGCAAAGCUAUUCCUGAACGCGUCUUCCCACAUUGUGUGGAGAUGUGAUUUGCUGCCGCCACUCUGGGUCAUCUAUACUUUGGCCCAUUCCUUCUUUCUCUCGCGAGCUGCACGUCUCUCAUAGCACCUCUGUCCAUUGGAUCUCUGCUCUAUAUUUUCCUUUGUACUUUAUCAGUAUGGACGUGCUACAAUCUACAAGCUCUGCUUCAAGACUAUCUUCCUGCCCAAGCCCGUCUUCUGACCAUACAUACCUAACGUCAGAAACCGAUCGCAGGUGGUCAGACAUCGUCCCUCCCAAAAAUGCGCUCACUUUCGCCGUGAUAUGGGACCCAGAAGAGGACAUCGUGGCUUUCUCAGGAGCACAUCUGCUUGAUUCGGAAUUUACAGAUGUCGAGCCUGACUGUCCCACCGAUGCCAAUUCGUUCGACGCUUCGAGCACCCUUGCGUGGUUUAUGAAUAAUCACGACUUCCUAUUUGAUGACGAAACUGAUCGGCGCCGGGCGAGGGGCCGAACGCAGACUUCGUCUACAAUCGGCGGACUAGACGUGUACAUCAGGAGCUCAAGGAUAGGAACAGGGUGUACGAGGACGAGUGUCAGCAAACAUUUCUCAUGUUUGGGCGAGCUCAACCGGGAUAUCAGAUUUGAUCCCCGUACGGAAUUUGCGAAGAGAUGGGAGCAGAUUGUGGACCGAGAUCAUGACACCGUUGUCGAGCUGGAUGAAGCGGACGACGAAGACGAAGGGUUCUACGAUACUGUGGAUCCGGUUCUCCCGAGGUUGUCGCAUGCCAGUGUUGACAGUGAUGAUAGCUGGUCACAGCUGGAGGCCCCAGAAGAUUAUGCCUUUCCUACGACUCAACGGCCAAGGCUGCUGAGGAAACCUCGGCCUCGUCCGGUCCACCCUACGCAUGGUCUCCAGCAAGACGGCUGCAAUUACAAUUCUUCCAUUUUGCGCGAGCAACGAUGCCGCUUGCUCAAAUUCAUUUUCAGAUGGAAGAAAGAGAAGGAGCCGUGGGUGUGUAUUGAGAUGACGAAAGAGAUCACCCAGACGUAUGUCUAACUUAUCCUUACUGUUGCCCGAG